AUGCGCAUCGCAAUCCCAAUCGUUUGCUUAGCAGCAACUAGUGUCGUCGCUUCACCAAUGUCUCCCCCUCUAUCGCGGAGACAGGAUGCUGGAGUUGGUGCAGGUGUUGCAAGUGUGGGAGCAUGUCCCAUGAACUGCUGGAACGAGGCAGCAGUAGUAGCGGGCUGCGAUCCGAACACAGACGAUGACUGCUUAUGUGGUCCCUUUUUCGGCGCGGUGACUUCAUGCACAGCGGGCGCGUGUAGUAUUGGUGAAAACCUAGCUGCACUGGACUUUUUGAACGGACCAUGCGAAUAG